AUGGACAUAAUAAACCGAAUAGUCGCCGGUUAUCAUGACCUCAUGGACAACAAAAGUGACCAGAGAGUGAAAGAUUGGUUCCUAAUGUCUUCACCUUUCCCCACAUUAUGCAUCUGUCUCACAUAUGUUUUCGUAGUAAAGGUAAUAGGUCCACAAUUUAUGAAAAACCGGAAGCCCUUCGACCUAACACGCGUGUUGAUUUGGUACAACCUAUUUCAAGUAGUCUUCAGCGCAUGGCUGUUUUACGAAAGUGUGCUCAGUGGAUGGUUCUGGUCUCAUAGUUUUAGAUGCCAACCCGUAGACUACUCUAGAACUCCACAUGCUAUGAGAACAGUAGCUGGUUGUUGGUGGUAUUACUUCUCAAAGUUUACAGAAUUCUUCGACACGUUCUUCUUCAUAUUACGGAAGAAGUUUGAUCAUGUAUCGAAGUUGCACGUCAUUCAUCACGGCAUCAUGCCUAUGUCUGUCUGGUUUGGAGUCAAGUUCACGCCUGGCGGUCACUCGACGUUCUUCGGAAUGCUGAACACGUUUGUACAUAUCGUUAUGUACUCAUACUACCUCCUGGCAGCCCUAGGUCCUAAGGUUCAGAAGUACCUCUGGUGGAAAAAGUACAUCACAGUAAUACAAAUGAUUCAGUUCGUGCUGGUGUUCUUACAUGCCUUCCAACUUCUCUUUAUCGACUGCGACUACCCCCGAGCCUUCGUCUGGUGGAUCGGAAUGCACGCUGUCCUCUUCUACUAUCUAUUCUCUGAUUUCUAUAAACAGGCUUAUCUUAAGAAAGCCAAGAGGGCAAAAGCUGCAGAAAACUUAAUAGCGGAAGAUAAGGCAGACUCAAAAGACAGAGUUUUGCCUCUCCUCAAUGGCUUCAGCAAUGGAUCCACGCUGGGUGACGUACGGCAAAGAGUGGCAGGCGCUGUUGCAUCACAAUAG